UUAUUAAUUUAGAAAGAAUGUAUUAUUACUUUGAUCUUCAGUUAGUUCAUGCAUUUAUAUUCAUCAUUCCUUGUCUUCUUAUUUCUCUCUUCAAAUUGUGGACUAAACUCGUCGCUAAAAGUCAGGCCGAGAUUAUUUCGAGAAAAUUGAACGAGGAGCUGAUUAAACUUGUAUAAAAUAAUCAUCUACCUACAAUCAGCUGCUUCGGGGGUUUUCAACUGUUAAAAGAAAUUAGUAAACAAUCAUUGAUAGAAAUCAAUCAUAAAAUGAUGCACAACAGAAAUCAUUCUAAAAUUUGUCUUACUUAAUGACUAGCUCAUGUCCCCAGUUUCAGUUCAAGUCUCGUGGAUUUAUAUCAGUAUAUCAUUGAAAAUAGGAAAAUCAUUAAUAAGUUUAUGUGUUGAGGGAAAAGUUUACAUGAGGGAAAUUAAUCAUGAAAUUAAGUACAUGAGGGUUUUUUAUUAAUUAGUCAUGAAAUUUUGUUCAUCAGGGAAUGACGUACAUUAGAGAGAUGAACCAUAAAGUUCAUGUACAUCACAGAAAUUAUUUUUAUAUGUACAAUGUACAUCUAGAUGAGUUAAAUCAAAUUAUUUGUAAAUGAAAAUUUAUCUCCUGAUUAAAAAUAUUUUACUGUCUAAAAAUUUAGUCUGAACCAUUGUGGCAAAUUCAAAAACCUUCAAUUGUGUAAUAUAAUUUUACAGUUACCUCCAAUUACCUUUUAAAAUGCUAUCAUUCCUUAUGAGGAUACAUUUUUUUUUUGGGGGGGGGGUGUUACAUUAUUGAAUUGCUAUGAUACCUUGUAUUCUGUACAAAUGUGUUUUCAAAAUUAUUACAGAUGUUUUUUAAUAAUAUAAAUUUUAAAUACAUUUGAGACAAUAGGGCACAGAAAAGAUGAGAUGAUUAUUGAUUAUUACCGUUAACUUAAAUUUCCGUUUCUUAAAUUUUCUUAGAACGUGGUUCAUAAUAUGUUCCAUACAGCCGCGUAUUCAGGAAUUUGUCCAGGGGGGCUUAAAUUUUUUUUCCUCCCAGGGGGUGGGGCUCAGCACUUGUUAGGGUCUGAAAACCCCUGGUCCAGGGGGGCUUAGCCCCCAUAGCCACCCUCUGAAUAUGCCUCUUGGUCCAAAUCUGUUAUAAAAGUACCCCUUCCCCUUCACUCAUAACAAUUUUUAAAUUUAGAGUCAAUUCAAAAUAUUUUUUGUUAGGUCACAUAUAAACUGUAAAUCUCUUGUAAUACUUCCGGAGCAAUUUUUUUUUCGAGUUAAAAAAAUACUGUUCAUUUUUUUCUGUUUUACCCUAAUGAAUUGUGAUAAACUAAACUGUGAUAUUAAAAUUGUACAAAGUAGUGCUGUACACUUUUCACUGUACAGUGUACAGCACCUUUCUAUAUCUUCCUGUGUUUAGUGUGUACUGUGUAAUGUACAUGUAACAAAACCAAAAUAUUGGACAUUUUCAGAAAAUAGGUGUAAGGAGUGUAGUUGAGCAGCAAGGUUGUGAUAUGCUGAAAGGAUGAUGACUCCACGAAGUGUAGAAAUGGGAAACAAGGUGUAUAAGCUGCAUGUGAAGGUGGGAGCCAGGAAGGAAAUUUUGGAGCUUCCUCCCGACUCUUCUCUGGAUAUUCUACAUCAGCAUAUCUAUAGAAUAUUCCAGAUACCGGAGUCUCAGCAGAGACUGGUGUGUAAUGGAAAACCGUUAAAUUUUAGUUCAAACCUGACUUUAAAACAGGCUCGAGUCGGAAAUGGGAGUAAGAUUUUAGUCCAAACCUGUGAUAUGUAUACUUCAUCUCAAUCAACUCACAACACCACAGAUUCAAACCAAAGAGACAGGAAUACUGUACGAAAUAACGGGGACUGUCGCAAUACCGGAAGUAGUUGCCCGGAAGCUGCAGUUGAUGAUGCUGCUUCUAAGCUCCGAGAUUUAGAGGAAAUUGACACCAAAGCUCUGCAACUUGAGCAGACUGUACACAACCUAGGUUUAGAAUUUAACAAAUUAAAUGAGCUGCAGAAGAAAGAACAGUGUGAGUUAAGUAGGUUAAAGAAGGAAUCUGUCAGUGCUGGAGAACUAUUGAUGAAAAAUCUGGAGAAAUUAGAUCAAAUCUCUAUACCGCUAAAUAGUCAGGACGUUAGAGCUGAAAGAAAGCGGAUUGCAACCCUUCUGAACAAGGUUCUAGACAUCAACGAUACAAAUAUAAAUGAUAUUUCAACAGCUUUAAAGAAUACUCAUUGAGUUCUCGCCAUUAGGGUUUCCAAUAUUUUUCCGGAUCAAUUUGGUUCCGUAAGAAUUUCUAAAUAAAUAUACCCCCCUAGAUAUUCUAGGAUAAAAUUAUCAAGAAUAAUCGUCCUUCAAGGUGUUUUUAUCAAAUUUUACCUAGCUCUGCACUGUGCAGCAUCUUGGAGAUUGAUUUAUUCUUCAUUCGGUCAAUCAAUGCUCAGCCCGUAAUUUCCUAAAGUUAUCAUUGGUUUAUCAUUUUUAAAAACUUUGAUAGGCCUUAACGGAUACAAAUAAAUUCGGAAUAAAUUGAAACCCCGACUCCACAUU